AUGGCUACUAUUAAGUCUAUAGCAAUCAUUGGUGCCGGACCCGCGGGCGCCAUCACUUUAGAUGCUCUGGCGCAGGAGCAAGCAUUUGAUAAAAUCCGGCUGUUUGAAAGAAGGGAAAAGGCUGGAGGUUGUUGGUUAGUAAGAUAUUCGCUGGAUGAUUGGAACAACCGCUCAUAUGUAUCUCUCAGGCUCGGAGAUCCCAAAGAUCAUGUUCAACAAUUGCCAGACUUUGAAAAGAUUGCUUCUCGCAAAUCAGACGAGACUCUCCCAAUUCCAUCUGAACUUCCCACAACUCUUCCGCACAAUACACAAUAUCGAUUUUCCGAUACGUCAAUAUAUCCCACGUUAGAAACGAAUAUAGAUGCAUUUGCCAUGUCAUUUACUCAAGAGCCAUUUCCGGAAACAAGAUCUGCAGUCAAUAUCAAGAGGCAUGGCGAGAACUCGCCAUUUCGGCAUUGGAAGGUUGUGGAACAAUAUAUUCAAGAUCUGGUCGAUAGGAAAGGAUACCCGGAUCUAGUAUCCUAUAAUACCACAGUGGAGCUUGUCCAUAAAGACCCACAUACAUCGAAAUGGGUUUUGACAUUGCGCAAACCCCUUGAAAAUGGGAUUGAGGAUGAGUGGUGGACGGAGUCUUUUGAUGCAAUUGUUGUUGCAGCGGGACACUAUAACGUUCCAUUUAUACCUUCCACUCCGGGUCUUUCUACGUUCUCCCAACAUUUUCCCGGCAAGGUUCUUCACUCAAAGGCCUGGCGUGAACCGGAGACAUAUCGCGGGAAGCGUGUAGUAGUCGUUGGUGCCAGUAUCUCUGGCCCUGAUAUCUCGUAUGCACUUGCCGAUUAUGCUGAACGACCCCUUCAUUCUGUUGUUCGAGGCAAAUACCAUCCAUACUUUUUCGACUACGCCUUUCAGCAUCCCCAUAUUCUCAGGCGUCCACCAAUAACUUACAUAACAUCGGAUCCUGAUACAGAUGAGCGAACAAUUCAUUUUGAAGAUGGGACUAAAUUAGAGAAAGUAGAUUUCAUAAUAUUCGCAACUGGAUAUUCUUGGACGCUUCCUUUCAUUCCCAAUCUCGAUUCUACUAUCCGUAACAAUCGUCUUCCAAAUCUUUACCAACAUAUUUUCUGGCGCGAGGACCCCACAUUAACUUUCGUUGGUGCCGUGGCCGCAGGAUUCACAUUCAAGGUAUUUGAAUGGCAAGCUGUACUCAUAGCACGAUUUCUAGCCAGACGCAUCACUCUUCCUUCUGCUGAAGAUCAAAAGAAAUGGGAAGAAGAUAGAAUCGCAUCUAAAGGCGACGAAGUACCGUUUACGGUCCUCUACCCCGACUUUGAGGAGUAUUUCGAGACCGCAAGGAAGAUGGCCGGUGAGCCGCAGGAUGGUAAAGGUAGAAGCCUCCCGAAAUUCCAGAAGUGGUGGAGAGAGGGAUUUGACAAUGGACAUCUGAAAAGAAUUGAAAUGUGGAAGAGGGGGAAUGAAGAAGCUAGACGCAGAAUCGAGAUGGAGAAUCAGGCAAGUGUGGUAUCACCAGUAUCACGAAUCAGCAAUUUGUAA